AUGGCUGUGUGUGGGGACGAGGGCUCAGGGAUGGAUGUCUCGCUCUUCGCAGCGGAGCCCAACGUGUCCGGUCUGUCCCGGCUCCGGCUGCCUGCAGCCCUGCCGUGCUUCGUGGCAGGAAGAGGCAGGAGGGAGGCCAGAGCGGGCAAGGCUGUGGGACACGGGCCGGUGCCCACCACGUGCCUGUCCUGCUGCUGCCCGACAUCUCUCCCUUGCAGGCAGCCCUCUUGGCCCCGAGCCGCUGCCACGGGCACCAUGAGGGGUCUCUGGGCCCUGGCGCUCGCGGGGCUCGUCAGCGCCUGCGAAGGGAAGGAGCUGACGGCGGCGGAAGGGGAGCCGUGCCCACAGCUCUGGAACGAGGACCUGGUUGGGGACAAGUAUGAGAACGUAACGGGUUUUAACCUGAUUAAGAGGUUCGACCUGCUGAAGAUCUCCUCCAUCAAGAAGGUCCGCAACCCGCGGGGGCCGGUGGUGCUGCGGCUGGGCGCCGUGCCGCUGGUCCAGCCCACGCAGCAGGUGUUUCCCCACGGGCUGCCCCCCGCCUUCACCCUCGUCCUCACCUUGCUGCUGAAGAAGAACAGCACCGGGGAGCACUGGUACCUCUUCCAGGUCACCGACCGGCAGGGCUACCCCCAGCUGUCCCUGGCCGUGCACGGCCCCGAGAAGAGCCUGGAGUUUCAGGCGAGGGCACCGGGGGCCACGUUCGUCAGCGCCGUCUUCGCGGGGAAGGCGGUGGCAUCCCUCUUCGACGGGCGGUGGCACAAGGUGGUGGUGGCCGUGCAGAGCCGCGCUGUCUCCGUCCACCUCGACUGCUCCUCCAUCUCCUCCAAGCCGCUGGCAGCCCGGCGGCCGCUGGCCCCGGAGGGCAAUGCCUUCCUGGGGCUGGAUGCUGUGCGUGGCACCCCGGUGAGGUUCGACAUCCAGCAAGCUCAGAUCUACUGCGACGCCGAGCUGGCCAGGCAGGAGGGGUGCUGUGAGAUCUCGGCCAGCGGGUGCCUCACGGAAGCGCCCAAGACCCGUCGGCAGGCAGAGCUGAUGCAGAGCAGCAACCUCAUCGAGAUCUCGCCGCAGUCUGAGGGCCGGGUGUACACCCGCUGCUUCUGCCUGGAGGAGCCGCUGGGCACGGAGCCAGUGAGGACCUCGGGGAGGACCAGCCUGAAGGAAGAUCGUGGGGAGAAGUGCCCCCCCUGCUCGCCGCAGAUGGCCUCGGCAAAUGUCACCCUCGGUCCCCCGGGUCCAAAGGGUGGGAAGGGUGAGCGUGGCCUGCCUGGGACCACUGGGGCCAAGGGGGAGAAAGGCGACCGUGGCGCUGACUGCGUGCGCACCCACCCCGGUGGCCCCGUGCAGUGCGCCGAGGGGCCGCAGGGCGAGAAGGGGCAGCGCGGAGAGACGGGGGUCCCGGGGGCAGCCGGCGCUGACGGGCAGAAGGGCCAGAAGGGUGAGAAGGGUGACGGGGGACUGCAGGGCAAGCCGGGACGGCCGGGACGCGAUGGCCGGCCCGGAGAGAUCUGCGUGGUGGGUCCCAAGGGCCAGAAGGGUGACCCCGGCCUCGUGGGACCCGAGGGGCUGGCUGGCGAGCCGGGACCCCCGGGGAAGCCAGGAUCUCCAGGGAUCGGUUUUCCAGGGAAGCCGGGUGACCCUGGUGGCCCCCCAGGUCCAAAGGGAGAAAAGGGCAGCUCGGGAGCUCCUGGACCCGGAGGAUCGCCUGGGAUGCCCGGACCCCCCGGUGUCCUGGGGCCGAAAGGAGAUAAGGGUGAGCCGUGCGAGGUGUGUCCCACCAUCUCCGAGGGGAUGCUGGGUGCCACCGGGCUGCCUGGCAAGCCGGGACCCAGGGGAGCCCCCGGAGCGCCCGGCAAGGAUGGGGUCUCGGACAGACCCGGCCCUGCGGGACCCAAAGGGGACAGGGGAGACCCUGGCAUCCACGGGAUGAAAGGGGAGAAGGGGGACUCCUGCCUGUCCUGUGAUGCCCGUGUCCUUGCUGCGCUGCUGCGGGGUCCCCCCGAGGGGCUCGAGGGUGAACCGGCACCGGCGCCGCUGCAGCCCGGGCUACCCGGUGAAAUGGGGCUCCCCAGGCUGGCUGGCAUCAAGGGCCAGAAGGGGGACGGUGGCCAGGAGGGACCCAUGGGCAGACCGGGGCUCCCGGGAGACAAGGGGGAUCCAGGCGUGCGGGGGCUCAAAGGAGAGAAGGGCGACUCGUGUGGGCAAUGCCCUCCCGUGCCACAGGCCCUCGAAGGAGCAGCGACGGUGCUGGCCGUGCCCGGGCCACCGGGGGAGAGGGGCCAGGAUGGCCCCCCGGGCAGAGCGGGCAGACCCGGUGACAAUGGCCAGAAGGGACAGAAGGGGGAUGCAGGUAGCCCUGGGGACCCGGGCACCCCGGGCAUGGCUGGUGUCCCAGGGCUGUCGGGUGAGCCUGGCAUCAGGGGUCCGGCUGGCCCCAAAGGGGAGAAGGGAGACGCCUGCGAGCCCGGUCCCGCUCCCCAUGGGGACUUCUCCGACACGGUUGGCAUCCCGGGAAAACCUGGGGCCAAGGGAGACCAAGGCCCCCCAGGCAUCGGCCAGCCGGGCAGACCCGGGAAGCCGGGGCUGCCCGGGGUUCAGGGUCCCGCCGGACCGAAGGGGCUGCAGGGUGAGCCAGGACCGCGGGGGAUCGGCCAGCCGGGACCGCAGGGAGAGCCCGGGAGCUCCGGCCCACCCGGGACACCUGGCCCCCCCGGACCCCAGGGACCCCCAGGGAUGGCAGCAGAGCAAGGAGACCCUGGGGAGUGCGCCUGCCCCCCAGCACCCCGUCAGGACCCCAGCUACUCCGGGAUGCCGGGAGCCCCAGGACUGUGGACUGGGAUGUCCUGGCAGCCACAGCCGGGUCCGCAGGGUCCCCCCGGAGCCCCCGGCCCCCCGGGUCCUCCUGGUGCCCCGGGCCGCCAGGGGAUGCCAGGACACAACGGUUUGCCAGGACUGCCCGGACCGGCCGGAGACCUGGGGCCGCUGGCUGUCAUGGCUGAGAGGAACAUCGAGGUGCUGAAGAGCCUCUGCGGGGACUGUGCCCAGCUGCAGGCAGCCUUCGAAGCACCCAGCGGCGUCAAGGGAGAGAAUGGGGACGGGGGGGGCAUGCCAGGUGCCCCCGGCAGCGAGAGCUGCACCCAGUGCUUUUCCCAGCUCCCGAGAGCAGAGGAGGCUCGGGGUGACAGCCCUGACUGCGUGGGUGAUCCCGGGCUACCGGGUGCCCCGGGCAUCCCUGGAGAGAGAGGCGAGCAGGGCUCACCGGGACUGCGGGGACCCCCGGGGCCACCCGGGCCCAUCGGCCCCCCAGGCUUUCCUGGCACGCCUGGCGCACCCGGAUUGCCCGGUCUCCAGGGGGAACGUGGCCCUGCUGGGCUUGCUGGAGCCAAAGGGGAGCCGGGACCUCCAGGGCAGCCUGGUUACCCCGGCGCAACGGGUCCCCCCGGCCUUCCCGGCAUCAAAGGUGAGCGAGGCUACCUGGGCCCCCCUGGGGAGAAGGGGGAACUGGGACCCCCCGGCUUGGAUGGCCUCCCCGGUCCCGUGGGGCCAGCGGGACCGAGGGGCGAGCGCGGGCUCCCGGGCAGCGCCGGCGAGAAGGGGGACCAGGGUUUCCAGGGCCAGCCCGGCUUCCCAGGGCCACCGGGGCCCCCCGGCUUCCCAGGGAAGGUCGGUCCAGCUGGGCCACCGGGGCCCGCGGCUGAGAAGGGCAGCGAGGGCAUGCGUGGCCCCACGGGGAUGCCAGGGCCGCCUGGGCCCCCCGGACCUCCAGGUAUCCAGGGUCCUGCUGGCUUGGAAGGACUGGAUGGCAAGGAUGGCAAGCCGGGACUGCGGGGUGACCCUGGCCCCCCUGGGCCACCAGGAAUGAUGGGUCCUCCGGGCUUCAAGGGGAAGACGGGGCACCCGGGUCUCCCGGGACCGAAGGGUGACUGUGGCAAACCUGGCCCCCCGGGGAGCACGGGCCGGCCGGGAGCGGAGGGUGACCCCGGACCCAUGGGACCCCAAGGCCGGCAGGGACCCCCAGGGCUCAUUGGUCCCCCUGGAACCCCCGGACAGCCGGGUCCCGCUGGCCUCGCUGGAGUGGGGCUGAAGGGCGAUCGGGGCUCCACGGGGGAGCGAGGGCUGCCAGGGAUGCCAGGACAACCAGGACCCCCGGGCCACCCGGGACCACCGGGGGAGCAGGGACCAGAUGGACCUGUCGGUAAAGAGGGCCCCCCAGGAAAACCGGGUAUCGCAGGACCGGCCGGCCAGAAGGGUGAAGCUGGAUCCCCGGGCGAGAGGGGCUACCCCGGGGAGAAGGGCAGAGCCGGCAUGCCCGGGGGGCCAGGGAAGAGCGGCUCCAUGGGCCUUGUGGGGCCACGGGGACCUGCUGGAGAGAGGGGCCCCCCUGGCUCACCGGGACCCGCGGGCAGCCCCGGACUGCCGGGCCCCCCAGGGAUGAUGGGUGACGUGGUGAAUUACGACGAGAUCAAGAGGUUCAUCCGGCAGGAGCUGAGCAAGAUGUUUGACGAGCGGAUGGCCUACUACACCUCCCGGCUGCACUUCCCGGUGGAGAUGGUGGCAUCCCCGGGGAGACCCGGACCCCCGGGGAAGGACGGGCUGCCCGGCCGGCCGGGACCCCCAGGUUCCCCAGGGAUGCCGGGGCAGAUCGGCAGAGAAGGGCGGCAGGGGGUGCCAGGCAUGCGGGGUGAGCCAGGUGCCAAAGGAGAAAAAGGCGAGAAAGGUGUGGGGAUGAUGGGGGACAGUGGCCCCCCAGGACCCCCAGGUGACCCCCUCCCUCCCCAUGGCCACCAGCCCCAUGCCGGGGCUUGCUGCCACCCCACCACCUCCCUGCCACCUCCCUCUCUCUCUCUGUCUUUUCUAGGUCCCCAAGGGCCACCAGGCUACGGGAAGAUGGGCCCCCCAGGCCCCGUGGGACAACAGGGCAUCCCCGGCAUCCCCGGCCCCCCGGGAGCCACGGGGCAGCCGGGCAAGACGGGGCACUGCAGCCCGGCGGAUUGCAUGGGCGCCGUGCCCCUGGAGCAGCCCCUCUUCCAGCCCAAAAACGUCAAGGGUCCCUUCGGCUGAGGGUGGGGAGGGGUCCCCGUCUCCCCCCCUCCCCCCCCCUCUGCUGUUAAUAUUGUUUCCCCGCUGUGCCGGGGGCUG